AUGUUAUAUGAAUUCAAUGUAACUGGAUUCGAUUGUCAUCUUCCAAUACCGUACAGUUCUACAAUACCGGUAACAGUUUAUGUAAAAGCAGUAUGUGUAUCACAAUGGAAUGGUAUCCCUAAAGAAAUUGAGUAUUCUGCAUUAUCAAAUCCAUAUCCAUUUGCAUUGAAUGCGAAAUUUUUAAUAUGUCCACAAAUCAAUAAUAAUUUUACUCAUCUUAUUAAUACUGAUAAUGAUGAUACAAUGAAUGAUAGCUCUGAUCAUUUAAGUGAAGGAAUCACUGAAUAUGAUUAUUGUCCAAUAGAACAAGUAACAAUACGUAUGAAAAUUUUAUGGAGUAAAGAAGAUAUUAUUAUAAAUGAUGAUCAAACUAUUCAACCAUCUUCAUCAUUAUCGGCGGCGGCAGCAACAACAAUAGCAUCUUCUUCUUCAGAAUGUGAUUUAGAUUAUUAUUCAAUAAUGGCUAAUCGUAAAACAUGCAUCGAUUCUUCUCAAAGUAAAACUAUCGAUCUAUUACCAGAUAUUGAUGAACAACAACAAUUCAAUCAAAAUAAUCAUAUCAAUUUACCAAUUAUUGAAACCAUUCAAGGAUUAAAUGAAUUGCCUAAAAUCAAUAAAAAAGGUUAUCCAUCUGGUAUUUAUUAUUUUAAUGGUUCCAUGCAUUUUGAUUUAAACAAAUUUCAUAAAUUUCAUAAAUUACAACGAUUUGACAAUCAAUUAUUUACAAUCAAUUUUUGGAUGAAACAUUCACCAAUAUUUAAUAAACAAUAUAAUGAAAAGAAUUUACUGAAUAAUCGGGAGAACAUUUUAUGCAGUUCCGAUGAAUAUGAAAAGAAUCGGCAUCAUUUCGCUGUGUUUCUGCACAAUUGUAAACUGGUUGUAUUGAUACGUCGUGAACCAACCAAUGAAUUCACCCUAUAUUCUGAUUCGUCUCAAUUACUUCCAUCUCAAUGGCGUUUCGAUGUCGACGAAGUAUGCGAUUCGAAUUGGCAUCAUUAUUCGUUGACCUAUCGUCCACCAGAAACGACAAUUGUAAAUGGACAAAAGACACUUUCAUCCAACUCAGAAAGUGAUAUUGAAUUACAAUUAUAUUUGGAUGGAAGAUUAGUACCAAAUAAUCCUGAACUGGUGCAAAUUGCUGAAAAUAUGCCUAUGGUACAUUUAUCUGUUAAAAAUCAUGAAUUUGUUCGUACUUCAGUUGGCGCUUGUUGGCAUGGACGUAGUGCUCAAUUCGCUCAACAUUUUGUCGGUUAUCUUGCUGGUUUAACCUUUACAAAUGGAUAUAUUCAAUCAGAUGAGGAAAUACUUUGUCUGACCAACUGUGAACCACGUCUAAUUAUCAACGAUCCAACAUCAAUCAGUUCAAACACUAAUCGUUUCGAUACAACAAAUAUUCGUAAUUCUCAUUUGAAUAGUAUCAUUAUUCAAGCUAAAAGUUUAAAUGAAUUAUCGAAAAUUCUAAGAAAUGUGACAUUUUACAAUCCAAGACUACAAUAUAAACCACGAUAUCGACCGGAACCAGUGGCUAUACAAUUAAAUACUUUGUUUGCCUAUGCAACAGAUUGUGAAAUACCCUCAACAUUUAAUCAAGUAAUUCUAAUUAGUCCAUUACCUCCAACUAAACAAACAUUAAUUUUACUUGAUACAUUGAAUUCAAAUAUUCGUACGGAUCGAUACAUUCAUAGGCGGUACCAUAGUCAUAAUCAACCAAAUCACGGUUAUCAGCAAUCGAAUGUUCAUCAAACGACAGAAAAACAACAACAAUUCCAUGAGUAUGAACAGAAACAUGAAAAAGAGAUCCCUGAAAAACUGUCUACCAUUAAGUUACCAGCUUCUACUCAACUAAACCAAUCGAUACGUCAGUCAUUCGAUGAAAUAUCAACAUCAUCAAUCAGUUCACUAGUACUGUUUAAUACAGAACAAUAUGAACAUAUGAACAAGACAUUCACAUCGAGAAACGUCACAUUAAGUAGUUUAUCUACUGGAGUCUAUAUAUUUCCAUACAUAACAAUCAUGUGGAAGACCCCAUUGGAACUGUUGAAUUCACAUAAUACAUCUUCAGAAUUUGAGCAAACAAUUUCAUCAUGUACUAUUGAUUUAUGCAAAAGUGAUCCAUUCAAUACUGUAGACAAUAUUCUGUCUAUUUCAGAAUAUAUUUUGUUAAAUCCUAAAUAUAUCAAAAAUGAUAUAAAAGUAUAUCAACGUUCAAAUGGAUUUCUUAUUCAUGGUAAUUCCGGUGUAUUAAGUUAUAUGAAUGCAUUGAAACAUAUUCAAUGGUUAUGUAAAGAUGAACAAAUUAAUUUGACUAGACGUUGUUUUAAUGUAUCAUGUGAAGCUGUAAUUCAAAUCUAUGAAAAGGAUCAAUUCAUAAUCAGAAAAAUUCAUAGCAAUACUAUACAAUCUGAA